CGAAUCCACCGGCAGUGUGUCUAGAGAGCUUCGAGUAUUCAUUCACGGGUAGAACGUACGCGAUCUGUGUGCUAUUACGGGUGCUACGAAUUAUAAAUCAGCGAAAACAAUCCGAGUGAUAAGCUGCAAUUGAGGACAAUUCGAAGUUCAAGUUCAGUUGAUAAUAAUUGGCGAGAGGAACAACAGUGUGACAGUCUGUGAUAACGUUUGGACAGCUAGCUCUGGAAACGACGAAACACCAUGAGGAAUCAAUUGAUCAGUCAGAUAUUGGAGGACGGUUAUACCGUAAUUGACGACUUCCUGACUCCAGAAGAGGUCACAGAGCUGCUGGAGGCUGGAAAGAAUCUUCACAAAGAUGCACCCAAAGAGGAACGGAAAGUUUUCAGCACCAUCAAUUCCAGCGCCACCCAAAGCCGAGACCGAUACUUCAUCGAAAGUGGUGACAAAGUUCGGUACUUCUUCGAGGAAGGUGCUGUUGCAGAGAACGGAGAACUACUGGUAGAUCCAUCGGUGGCGCUCAAUAAAGUCGGCCACGCUCUACACACUGAUCAUGCCGUUUUCAACAAGGUCACAUUCUCCAACCGCGUGAAAGAAGUCUGUUGGCAGCUCGGUUUCCAGAAGCCCGCCGUUGCUCAAAGUAUGUACAUUUUCAAAAACCCCGGAAUUGGAGGAGAAGUCAAACCACAUCAGGACGCCACCUAUUUGUACACGGAACCCAGUUCAACGAUUGGUUUCUGGAUUCCUCUGGAAGACGCCACUCUACAAAAUGGUUGCCUGCACUUCAUCAAAGGAUCACAUAAAAGCGGAGUCCAUCGAAGAUACAUUCGCAAUCCAGAUAAAUCCUCCGAAUUGUUGAUCUACGACCGGCCAGCCCCUCUCUACCCUCAGUCCAAUUUCUGUGCCGCCCCGGUGAAAGCAGGCUCGCUGGUCCUCAUCCACAGUCAGGUGGUGCAUCGGAGCGACGCGAACCGAUCGGACCGUAGCCGGCAUGCGUACACCUUCCACGUGAUCGAAACGGAAAACUCGGCAUACUCCUGCGAAAACUGGCUGCAACCGGCAACCGAUCAGCCCUUCCCAGUGCUUUACGAGAGGGAUUGAGCGCGCAGUUUGUACCCGUAGAAGGAAAGAACGCAGAUGCAUGUGCCAUAGUCGAUGAUGAUUAUAUUUUAUUGUUCUUUUUCUUUAUUUCUAUGGACAAAUAUACCUUUUUACUAUGAGUAAACUCAAACAAAAGGGGAAA